AUGUCAACAAAUUUAAACAUAGUGCUUAAAAGAGCUAGUAAAAUAUAUCACGAAGGGGAUGUUAUAGCAGGAGUUGUUGUUGUAGAAAACAGUAAUGAUGUACGACAUGAAGGGCUUACAUUGUCAAUGGAGGGAGCAGUCAACUUACAACUUAGUACUAAGAAUGCUGGUAUUUUCGAAGCAUUUUCUAACAACAUUAAGCCUAUAACAUUAAUCAAUACAGUAAUGGAACUUGUACCAGCCGGUAAAAUUCCAUUGGGCAUAACAAACAUUCCAUUUGAACUACCAUUGAAGGCUCGAUACCAAUUGCCUGGAGCGCCAGCUGGGUGUGGGCUGCUGGAGACCUACCAUGGAGUAUUUGUUAACAUCAUGUAUACACUCAAGUGUAACAUGAAGAGGUCAUUCCUAAACAAACCAGUUAACACUAGUUGCCAGUUCUUUGUGCAAUAUCACCCGCAAGACGCGGCUCCGCGUAAGCCCGUGCGCUGCGAAAUCACGCCGAGCUCUGUGCGGCGCUCGGCCACUGGUGGCGCGCGGCCCUCUAUGCCGCAUUUCCAGAUCUACGCAGAGCUCGACACUACCGUUUGCCCCCUUGACCAGCCAAUCACAGGCAAGAUUCGCGUGGAUGAGUGUUCUGUCCCAAUUAAGUCUAUAGAGCUACAGCUGGUGCGAGUCGAAACUUGCGCCUGGGAUGGAGGUUAUUCUAAAGAUUCGACGGAGAUCCAGAACAUCCAGGUGGGCGAGGGCGACGUGGUGCGCGCGCGUGACGUGCCGCUGCACAUGCUGCUGCCGCGCCUCUUCACCUGCGCCACCACCGCCACGGCCAGCUUCAAGAUCGAAUUUGAGCUGAACAUUGCAGUCAUCUUCGAGGAUGACUACUUGGUGACUGAGAAUUUUCCAAUUUUGCUCUUAAGGAGCAGG